AAAUGCACAGAGGAUAAGGAGGAGGAGGGGGAGGCUCCUGAUACCAAGACACGGAAAAGCAGGGGAGGGAAAGAGAGCAAGAGAAAAAGGGGCUGGUGGAGGAAGAAGAGCGGGGAGUGGGAGAAAACAGGGGGAAUAACACUUAAAGAAAACAUACAGGAGAGGAAGGACAGUACCUAGUGCUUUGGACAUCCCCCCUUUCUUCUCCCAGGCUGUCACACCAGAUUGGACUCCGAAGGACCGACACCGCGUCCACCCCAGACCCCAUGGGGUAACAGCAGACGUUUUGAGGAGAGGCUUUUGUUCAGCUACACAGAUGAACAACAGAAAGGAGGACAUGGAGAUCUCCUCUCACUACCGUCAGCUCCUCAGAGAGCUCAAUGAGCAGAGGCAGCACGGCAUCCUCUGCGACGCUUGUGUCAUAGUGGACGGAAAGAUCUUCAAGGCCCAUAAGAAUGUCCUUCUGGGCUCCUCUCGCUACUUCAAGACUCUCUACUGCCAGGUUAAAAAAGGGGCAGAGCCUCACCUCCAGACUACUGUCACUCACCUGGACAUUGUCACCGCGACAGGCUUCAAAGCCAUACUGGACUUCAUGUACUCUGCGCACCUCGCCCUCACCAGUAAGAACGUGAUCGAGGUUAUGUCAGCCGCCAGCUACCUGCAGAUGACGGACAUUGUCCAGGCCUGCCACAGCUUCAUCAAGGCUGCGCUGGACAUCAGCAUCCGCUCUGAGAUGGCCGACGAACUGGCCGAUUUCGAGAUGGGAGCCGUUGCUGCCGCCGUCGUAGGUGGAGGAGGUGGAGGAGGAGGAGGAGGAGGAGGAGGAGGAGGAGGAGGAGGAGGAAGUUUAGCAGGAGCAGGGGGUGGUGCGGGAUCAGGUUUAGGAGGAGGAGGAGGAGGAGGAGGUGGAGGAAUCGUGGGCAUGGCUUCUGAAGCCCUGGCCUCCAUCAUGUCUGGUCGCAGCACCUCCCCUUGGCUUGUGCGCCGCACCAGUCCGGCCAACUCUUCUGGGGACUCAGCCAUCGCCAGCUGCCACGAGGGAGGCAGCACGUAUGGCAAGGAGGACCAAGAACCCCCUAAGAGCCAUGAGAGCCAGGAGGAAGCCUGCCAUGACUCCCAGCCCGCCUGGCCACACGACUACAGGCCUGUCACCGUCAAAGAGGAACAGGUGUCCCCCGCCUCCUCCUCACAUCCCCGGGACACUCCUAGAGGGGCUGCUCAGAGCCAAGGGGAGGCAGGUGCUGGAGGGGCUGCUGGAGGAGUCAGAGAGGGGUCCUGGCAACCCCUCUCAGGGUCAGGGCGGAGGAAGAACAGGAAGAACAAGGACACUGUCAGGCACAUUACCCAGCAGGCUGAGAGGAACUGGGACAGAGAGCGGGACAGGGAGAGAGACCGGGACAGUAGGCCUGGAUCUCCAUUGCCCUCCAUGCUGGCUGUGGCCGGAUGGAACUACAACGGACAGGAAAUCCCAGGGGCAGACGUGACCGAACCCAACAGCUCAGACAGCCGCGGCGAACGCCUCGACUUCUUCCUCAAACAGGAAGAGCCUCUCACCACAGAGCCCAACUACCUGGGUCCCCACGAAUCAGAGGAGCCCGGGGGAGGAGGCGGGGGCGGAACAAUGUCGUCUGUAGCCAAUCUGAAGGCGGCGCUGAUGAGUAAGAACAGCCUGCUGUCUCUGCGGGCUGAGAUGAUGGGAGAUGAUAACCCCUUACUGUUCGAGUACCUGCCCAAAGGAGCACACUCCCUUUCUUGGCUCCGCUCCAACAACUACUGCAGCACGCUCCGGCCAGGGGCCACGGGGGCCACUAUUCAUAACAAACAGGGGGCUGGCUCCUCUCCUCCUCCUACUCUUCCUCUUCUUCCUACUCAUCUUCCACCAUCACCACCACCACUACCGCCGUCAUCAUCAACUCACUACCCACCCACCCCACCCACGCCACUGCACCCCUUUGAUCCUCGGCCCCUGGAGGCCCCCGGGCAGCGGGCUGGGGCACCCACGCUGCUCUCAGAAGGGUUGGACAUGGAAGUGGAAGAGGCCCCCAAGGGCCCGGAGCCCUACACACUGCCUGAGGAGGGUGUUAAAGACAAGGAAGACAUGAAACAGUUCAGCGCAGCCUUGGAAGGUGACCAGUCUCCGGUCGAGAGGGAUCAGAUGGGCGGUGAAAGCUGUGCUGGGGGGUUGACUGUUCCUGCAUCAGUAACCGUGGCUGGCAGAGAGACUAAAGGGCUGACGGUGCUGGUGAAUGACUUCACAGUGAUCCGUAAAAAGUUCAAGUGCCCCUACUGCAGUUUCUCUGCUAUGCACCAGUGCAUCCUAAAAAGGCACAUGCGCUCCCAUACCGGCGAGAGGCCCUACCCCUGUGAAAUCUGUGGCAAGAAGUUCACCAGAAGGGAACACAUGAAGCGGCACACUCUGGUCCACAGUAAAGACAAGAAGUAUGUGUGUAAAGUGUGCAGCCGAGUCUUCAUGUCAGCAGCCAGCGUGGGAAUCAAACACGGCUCUCGGCGCCACGGCGUCUGCGCCGACUGCUCUGGCCGAGGCAUGGCUGCACUGCUGGACCACAAUGGGGAGGUGGGAGGAGACAUCUCCCCUGAGGAAGAGCUGUAUCCAGGCGACCGUUUCCACGAUGACCAGGCCGAGUGUGACGGUGAUGGAGACGGCGAAGAGGAGAUGAUGGUGGAAGGGGACGGAGAGAUGAUGGGAGAAGGGGAGGAGGAAGGAGGGAAGUGGAAAGACUCGGGGAUGACCUCCGAGGCACACGGAGCACUGGACAAUGAGAAGGAGGAGAGCGACUCCUCGGCACAGGAGGGGGAGCAACAGAACGGGAGUGAGAGGGACUUCGCCUGGAUCUCCUAGAAUCUGUCAGGCUCCUGUUAGUGGCUCAUCAACCAAUCUCUAAAGAUCUCUUGCGAUCUCUCGGGUAGAAUCCUCUGCUCUCUUUACCCAUUCGUCCCACCGUGGGCAGGCCUUCCUUUGAAUGGAAAUGCUGUAGGGUGAUGCGCGACAAUGAUGUAAAACCAUUACGAGUAACACACUCAAAUGUACACACACACACACACACACACUCACACACACACACACACACACACACACACACACACACACACACACACACACACACACACACAUACACACACUUAAGGCUUUUCUCAACCUUGACUGCCAUAGUAGAAGAAGAGCGGUCGAGAGAUGGCUAAGGUGCAAGGCUUUUUCUGCUUACCUCCUUUACUUCUGAUGCAGUGCUUUUGUGUUUCUUUUUCUUGAGGGUUCAGGCCAGAGUCCAGUAGUUUUCUACUCUGUCACAACAGGAAUCAACGAGGACGCUGCCAAGGACAUGGCCAAUGCAACUUUGUAUGUUUGCCAUCACAAUCACCAUGGUAACCAAGGAUCACUGACAGUGUAUGGAAAAAGCCAGGGAGGUGGGGGUGUCUUGAUGCCACCUCGGCUGUAAUGUUUGUGGGGAAAGUGUCUCUCUACGAGGGAAAGGGAGUGUCUAAAUCUAUUGCAAAGCUACGUGUGUCAGAGGAGCGGGCAGCUCGACGGCACAUUGUUGAUGCAGAGUCCUACUGCCACAGACUUGCACUUUAACGACAACUGACUCCUAUCAAAGCCCUGAACCCGUGGUUUACAUUUUUGAUCUGAUCUUUACCUAAACAACUCGGUGACCGCACCUACCUUUAAGGAUAUACUUUAUGUCCUCUUGACUGUUAUAUAGAAAUCACUGAAUCUUUGUGCAGAUUGCUGUUUAUAUAGCCUAUGCCUUUUCGGUGGGGUCCUUAAUCUUUUCUUUACUUAAGUUAACCACACGAUUUCUGCCAAUCCAUUCCAACAAAUACUGGAGAUUUAUUUGUGUACAUACGUUUUGGGGGAUUUAAAAGGGGAGUGUGUGUGAGACAACGAGAGACGGAGAGAGUGUAUGUCAGAGUUUAUACACAACGUGGAGAUCAGUUUCUGCUUCCCUGUUUGAAGAAUCAACAAUGGAUCCACAGGACCUACACAAUUAACUCUUUCUGUGUCUCUCACUGUCUCUGGUUCUCUCAGUGGAGGUUGUGAUGAUAGGACCUGAGAACCAUGUCUUUCACACUGAAGGAGGAGCUGCCUUUGUUCGAAAUGUUUGGUUUCUUUUUCCUUUUCUUUUUUCCCGUCACGUAAUAUCAGAAUAUGCAGUCUCUCUCCAUGGUUCAACUUUCUUUUGGUAAUAUUUUUUCUUCGGCUUUGUUUAAAAGAAAAGGAUCAAAUUGUGCUUGAAAUGUCUGAGAUUGAUAAUCUUAGAGAGUGUAAUAUUAAUUUGUUUUGUUUAACAGCUAUUUAUUGAAAAAUCUGUUUGUGGAUUUCCAAUUUUUUGAGAAGUCAUUCCUUUCUCUCUCUUUCUCUCUCUCUCUCUCUCUCUCUCUCUCUCUCUCUCUCUCUCUCUCUCUCUCUCUCGCUCUCUCUGUGGGGUGGAUCCGGAUGGGUGUUUGUAUGCAAGAAUGCUUGAGUGUCCAAAAAAAAGUCUAUAUUGAUUUAUAAGAUUAUUUCCAUGUUUAUCUGCGAUGUUAUGACAAUUCAAGUGAGGCAGGUGACAUGUCUUAUUAUUAUCAGAACAAUGAUUACUGUUGUUGAUGUUACUAUUAUUAAUUAUUAUUAAGUGCUGGAUGCUAAGCUUUAUUGUGUGUUCUUCUUUUUGAUAUUUUAUAUCUUGUAUAAGAAAAAAGCUUUUAUACUUUGCCUUGUUGUGGACAGCAAGCCAUAAGGCUUUUAUCGACCUUUUAUUGUGCCAGUUUACGCUUUUUCUGUCGUAUUUGCUUCUUUUUUUUUUACCAAGGGUAAAAACAACUUCACUGUCAAACUUCUCUUUUAGAUAUUGAUUGAAACAUAUAUUCAGCACACGCUUUUGCAUCACUUAUGUACACUAAUUGAAAAAUAUCGAACCAAAAACAAUCUAGUACCUUGUAUACAUGAAGUGCUUUCGUUUUACAGUUUGUAUGUGCAGGUGCUUUUUUGGAUUUUAUUGUUGUGGUUAACAGUUUUGUUGUUGGGUUGUUUUUAUUUUUUGAACCUGUCACUAUUUGUCACAGUUUGAAAAAGUGCACAUGUUAUGGUAUUAUUGUGAAUAUGAAGAAGGGCUGUGUGAAAGGACCAGCCAGCUUUUGAAGAUCGCAUCUGAAAACCAAGCUGAUUAUUUUAUAGUUUCUACUGUCUCACGCCUUGCAUGACACACAAUCACGUAGAAAUGCAGCAUACAGACAAUGUUUCCUCUCAGACAGUGUAACGUUUACAUGCUGUGUUUCUAUCUGCCAGGGUUUAGCUGGCGUCAAUCUUAACAAUAAAGGGAAAGUGAGCACUGCAGUAGUAACUCUGGGAAACAUUUUGUCACCUGUCUGCUACAGGUGCUAUGGACUGCACCUCCCAUCAACCCCCAUUUAGAAACUCUAAGUACAAUUUGAUUUGUGAUGCUUUCUUCACGUCUGGCUACCGUCUAUAUUUUGUUUGUAUAAUUUAUUGUGUUUUUGUUCGACCCAUUUUGUAAAAGUUUCGGGUAAGAAAAAAAAAGAUGGGGUAGGAUUUUUAUUGAAUGUCAAUGGUGGGUGUGGAAGGAGCCCAUGAUCGGUGACAAAUCUCUGUCCUGUGGUUCUGUUGUGGCCACUUAGAGACAUCUGGAUGUAUGUGUGACUCCCCUGCCCUGCGCUCUUCUCACGACCUGUACUGUAUGUCUUCUUCCUCAUACUGGGUUGUACUUCAGGAAAAACGUCUGCCAUCAACCCCUCAAUAUGUGCCUCAAUGACAUUUCACCUGUGUGCUUGUGAGAGUGUGUGUUUCCAAGAGAUGUGUAUGUGUUUGUUUCGACGGAUAGAGAUUACUUAGAUGCGACCGAUCAGAUUAGAGGUGCAAAAUGUUUUUGGAGGAAGACAAAUCAUGAUGGGCGACUAGAUUCUCCUUCCCACCAUUUGUUGAUGACCUUUUGUGCCCUGAUUCUGUGGUCUUAACUGCAUGCCUGUGCUCAUUUUGUCAUACCAAAGCGACGUCUUCGGCAUCUGCACACAACUGUCUCAUUCCACAUGAUGCAAAACUGGAACUGUUUGCUCUAUUGCAGAUGAUUAUGGGUAUUCUUAGACGUGUACAAAUUGCAAUCCUCAUUUAGCCUGUAUAGCUUGAUUCACACGUGCAAAUCAUGAAGCCAUAGAUAUGGGUAUAUCUAUAUUAUUCUAUAUUUCAAAUUUGGCGCUUUUUACUUUAGAUUUUGUUCUUCUACUAAGUGUGUAUACCUUCAUAUAUAUGAAUUUAUAUUACUAUUAUAUAUUAUUUAUUUUCUCUCAAGUUUCAGAGGGUCUUUGAUUUGUAAAAGGUCACACUUGAAACUUGAGGUUUGUUUAUUUUCAUUGGGAAUAUUGUUCAAUAUGAUACUGACUUUAUAUUGAUGAUUAUCAUAAACCUGUGUUUGUAACAAAAUGUGUUAAAUAAUCAAAAAAAAAAACUGUCCUGUUUUUACACCUGUUUUGUUUUCGGGCAGAUUUAAGUGCUCUUGUGCAGAUAUUUUUUCGGUUGAUAGUACUGAUCUCAAAACAUUUUUACAGCCAACCAUGAGCCUCCUGUUUUGAUGUUGGGGCGGGCCCAGCGGUCGUCCAAGCCUCUUUCUAACUUCAUGUUUAGUGGAAGAAUUAGCUUGACUAUAAUUUGCAAAAACCAAUCAGUCUCAAUAAAUUUUGAAAUUGCUGCUGUAAAGAAGUAACACGUGUGCCUUCUUUUGUUUGAUGGGACAAAUGUUUUCAUGACCCCCUGAUGUCCACAGGGUGGCAGACAAGUCCAAGAAAGUAAACACAAAGGAAUUAAUCCUGACUGUCAAUUUUACAUGUCCUUCUCUGGAAGAUACGUAAUUCUAAAGAUAGUCUGCAUUUAUUAUAAUUCAUCUGAAUAUAAAAGAUUGAAAUAGAA